GCCAAAAGUACUACUCCUCCUCCUCCUUCUCCUCGCCCUCCUCGCCCUCCUUCUUUUUAUUCUUCACCUUCUCCUCCUCCCCUUCAUUGAGUGCUCAAUCUGCUAAUGGUCAUGGCCUUGCUCUGGAUUCUUCAAACCACCGCCGUUGUGCUGUUGCUAUGGACAGCAGUUGAAGCUAUCCGCCGCCUCUACUUCCAUCCCAUCGCCCACAUUCCAGGUCCCCGCCUCGCCGCUCUGACAUGGUGGUACGAGUUCUAUUUCGACGCCAUCCGGCCCGGGCAGUACGUCUUCAAGAUACAAGAGCUGCACAAGCAAUAUGGCCCCAUCAUCCGAGUCACUCCCGACGAGAUCCACAUCAACGACGUCGGCUUCCUGGACACCGUCUACGCUCCAGCAAUGGCUCGCCGGGACAAAUACGACUAUCAGCUGCGGAGCCUUCGCAUCCCCGGGGGAGUGGGCACCACCGCCGACUAUCACCUGCAUAAACUCCGACGGGAAUCUCUCACCCAUUUCUUCAGCAAGAAGAACAUUUUGUACCUGGAAGGGUUGAUCACAGACAAGGUAGAACAGUUGAAGCAAUUGAUCGCGACUCAUGCAGCCGACAACGCGCCAGUGAACCUGUCAGAUGCGUUUUUCGCAUUUUCCAACGACGUCGUCACGAAUUUCCUCUUCGCGCACCAGACCGGCAUCCUCUCCAACGAGUCCAAAGCAGCCACCCUUCGCCAGAACAGCAAAGAGCUCCUGAUGGGGAUCAACCUCAACAAGCACUUCCCGUGGAUCCCCGAUCUUCUCGAGUCGCUCCCGCUCUCCAUCAGCCGGCCGAUGAUGCCCCCAGGCCUUGUGGAUAUGCUUGCCCUCUUCGCCCGAGUCCGCAACGAACUCCUCACCCUAACACACACCAAAGCAUCAGCAUCAGCCAUCACCGCCGCUAAACCCGCGGGCCCAACAGGCAAAAAAUCCGUCUUCGACUCCGUCCUCGACAACGCCAACCUGCCGGGCACAGAGAAGACGCUCCUCCGCCUCGAGCAAGAAGGCACCCUGCUCGCGCUAGCGGGGACCGAGUCGCCCGCGCAGACCCUCACCGUCGCCUUCUACCACCUCCUCGCCAACCCGCCGCUCCUGGCGAAGCUGCGCCAGGAGCUCCGCACGGUGCCCGCAUCCGCCUCGUGGACCGAGCUCGAGCAACUGCCCUACCUCUCCGCGAUCAUCGAAGAAAGCAACCGCCUCUCCUUCGGCGUCACCGCCCGGACCGCCCGGAUCGCCCAUGAGCCACUCACCUACACGCCUUCCUCGCACGUGGGCCCAACGUCAAGCAGUCCUCCCGGUGCGCAAGCGAGAUCCUAUAAGAUCCCCCCGGGCACACCGAUAAGCAUCACGACGCUGAGCGCGCACACGGCGGUGACCGUGUUUCCGGAGCCGUGGGCCUUCGAUCCGGGCCGGUGGCUCGGGGAGGCCGGGAAGCAGCGACGCAGGUUCCAGAUGGCGUUCGGGAAGGGCGGGCGACGGUGUCUGGGGAUCGAGCUCGCGCGCGCCGAGCUGUAUCUGGUGAUUGCGGGGUUGGUGCGCGCGUUUGAUAUGACGCUAUUUGAGACGGACGGGGAGGACGUGGCGUUUCGGUGUGAUUAUCAGGUCGCUAUGCCGCGGAUGGGGUCGCAAGGGGUGAGGGUAAGGGCGAAGGAGGUGGAGUAAGAGUCUGUAGGGCAUGGCUUGAAUCAGGCACUCUAACACUUCUCACGUACAUGCCUACAGGCCUUGCGUCGAAGUCGGCCUUGCUUCUCUUCGAGGAAAUAGGUUCGUAGGGCUUGGGACGUGGAGCGCGGCGCAACGCUUCUCAUAACGGUCUGGUUAGAUAUCGUCCUUGGGCAGGUAGCGUACCGUCCAGUGGCCAGUGGCGAGUGGCUGAUCGACUCAGCUACGAGGGAUCUGAGGAUCUGGGGAAUAUACAUGCAAGGCUAAGAUGCUCAAAGUGAU